CUGAUUUUCAAAUCAGUUCAUAAAAUCCCCCGACAUAUGACAUUGUAGGUUCGGUUCUAUUUUUUCAAAUUUUCUAAAAUUCCCUACACACUAAGCCGGGCAGCUACAAAUUUCCGACUCUACUGUUUCGCAACCAGAACUUGCUGAUUGCGUUUGAAGAGUUCCAGACCAGGAGUGCAGGCAAACCCACUCGAAAAUGGGCAACGUGAUGGCGACAACGGGAGGCGGUGACUCCUCGCAGGGGCGGGGAAAGGUGGCCGCCGGCCUGGCCUUGCCGGAGGCCCCACUUACCGCCGCUAUGCCGUCCCAGCUGGUGCAGGCGCUGGAGUCCGAGGCGCGGAAGCUGGAGAACCCGGGGACCGUCGAUGAGCUCCACAGCCGCUGCCGCGACAUCCAGGCCAACACCUUCGAGGGCGCCAAGAUCAUGCUGAACAAGGGCCUCAGCAACCACUUCCAGGUGACCCACACCAUCAACAUGAACUCCUCGGUACCCAGUGGCUACCGCUUCGGAGCCACCUACGUGGGCACCAAGCAGUACGGGCCCCACGAGGCCUUCCCGGUGCUGCUGGGAGAGAUCGACCCGAUGGGCAACCUCAAUGCAAACGUGAUCCACCAGCUGACCUCGCGGCUGCGCUGCAAGUUCGCCUCCCAGUUCCAGGACUCCAAGCUGGUCGCCACCCAGCUGAGCGCCGACUACCGGGGCAGCGACUUCACCCUCUCGCUGACCAUGGGCAACCCGGGCUUCCUUACCGGAUCGGGGGUGAUCGUGGGCCAGUACCUGCAGGCCAUCACCCAGCGGCUGGCCCUGGGCACGGAGCUGGCCUACCAGUACGGCCCGAAUGUGCCCGGACGCCAGGUGGCCGUGCUGUCGGGUGUGGGGCGCUACGCCUUCGGGGACUCUGUGUGGUCCUGCACCCUUGGGCCCGGCGGCUUCCACCUGAGCUACUACCAGAAGGCCAGCGAUCAGCUGCAGAUCGGUGUCGAGGUGGAGACCAACCUGCGCAUGCAGGAGUCCACGGCCACGGUGGCCUACCAGGUGGACCUGCCCAAGGCGGACCUCGUCUUCCGCGGCAGUCUCGAUUCCAACUGGCACAUCUCCGGUGUCCUCGAGAAGCGCCUGCAGCCCCUCCCCUUCUCCCUGGCCAUCAGCGGGCGGAUGAAUCAUCAGAAGAACAGCUUCCGGCUGGGCUGUGGCCUGAUGAUUGGAUGAAUGCCCUUUGGAGAGUCUUUCCUCCACCAAAGCUCUUGUUUAGUUUAAGUUUUAUUCCGAAAAUUUAAAUGUGUAGCCACAUGUGGGGGAAGCGGAACAAGUUCCAGUGCGAUUUUAUCAAAUUCACAAUCGAU